AUGGAGCCCCCGGGGCGCCGGAAGGGGGGGCGAGGGCCAAUGAAGGACUUUCGAAGGCUGCGGACUCUCAAACGCAAGAGAGAAGCAGAAGACCUAGACCUUCUCUCACGAAGAGUCACCGACCUCGAUCCUAAAUCUUCAACCGUGCUAGAGAAUUUCACAGAUCUACCACUUUCCACAGCUACGCAGGAUGGACUCUCUGCUUGCCAUUUCAAGACUUUGACAACCAUACAAAGCAGGACUAUACCUUUGGCAUUGAAGGAAUUUGACAUCCUCGGAGCAGCGAAGACCGGCUCAGGAAAAACACUCGCAUUCCUUGUGCCAGUCUUGGAGAAUCUACGCCGCAAGAGAUGGACCGAAUUCGAUGGCCUGGGCGCUCUCAUCCUCUCCCCCACUCGAGAACUGGCAAUUCAGACCUUCGAAGUCCUUCGCAAAGUCGGUCGAAAUCACACUUUCUCCGCUGGAUUGGUCAUUGGAGGGAAGAGCUUGCGGGAGGAACGUGAGCGACUUGGACGGAUGAACAUUUUAGUCGCUACGCCAGGGAGAAUGCUACAGCAUAUGGAUCAAACGGCCAACCUAGACAUUGGAAAUCUGCAAAUGCUGGUGUUAGACGAGGCUGACCGAAUCAUGGACAUGGGGUUCCGACAGACCAUCGAUGCGCUCAUUGAACACCUUCCCCCGGAGAGGCAAACGCUGAUGUUCAGCGCCACUCAAACCAAAAAGGUGUCUGACCUAGCUAGGCUUAGUCUGAAAGAACCAGAAUUCGUGUCCGUUCAUGAAGCAGCAGACAGCGCAACACCAUCGACACUGCAGCAAAAUUAUGUCGUUACUCCCUUGCCCGAAAAACUAGAUACAUUAUGGUCCUUCAUCCGGGCCAACGUAAAGAAGAAGAUUUUGGUAUUCUUGAGCAGUGGCAAGCAAGUCCGCUUCGUCUACGAAGCAUUCCGUCAUCUCCAACCUGGUAUUCCAUUACUGCACCUGCACGGCCGGCAAAAACAAACCGCACGCCUAGAUAUUACAACAAAGUUUUCCAAUAGCAAAUAUGCUUGCCUAUUCUCCACGGACGUCGCAGCAAGAGGCCUGGAUUUUCCUUCUGUCGACUGGGUUGUCCAAGUCGACUGUCCCGAAGAUCCUGACACGUACAUCCAUCGAGUCGGCCGCACAGCACGAUUCGAGCACGACGGUCGAGCCGUACUGUUCCUGGAUCCGAGCGAAGAAGAAGGCCUGCUCAAAUCCCUAGAGAAGAAAAAGGUUAACCUGGAGAAAAUCAACGUCCGUCAAAAGAAGAUGCAACUAACCAUCCGCAACCAGCUUCAGAACUUGUGCUUCAAAGAUCCAGAAUUGAAAUAUCUAGGACAAAAGGCGUUCGUCAGCUACGUCCGCAGCGUACACAUUCAGAAGGACAAAGAGAUUUUCAAUUUGAAGAAAUUAGACCUUGAAGCCUUUGCAGCAAGUCUGGGACUUCCAGGAGCACCACGAGUCAAGUUCGUUAAGGGCGAGGACGCAAAGGCAAGGAAGAAUGCGCCGAGACAACUCCUCGCUACGCUGGAGAGUGAUGGCAGUGACGCCGAUGGAGAGAAGCCAAAAGAAAAACAGAAACAGAGAAAUGGCGGAGUCCGAACAAGAUAUGAUCGCAUGUUUGAGAGGCGCAAUCAAGACGUCCUGGCAGACCAUUACACAAAACUAAUCGAAGAUGACGACGAUGACGACGAGACCGAAGGAGAGAGCAAAGCAGCACCGGACGCAGACGACGAAGAAACCAACUUUCUUUCGGUAAAACGACGCUUUGAGGCCGGCGACUCGGCCCUCUCCCGCUCUUCUUCUCCCUGCCCUUCUCGUUCCUCCAGAGAUCCCGGACCAGACCUUGCGCACCGCGAAAUAAAAACGCUCCGGCUCUCCAACAACCCUACCACUGUUCCCUUGACCGUCGACUCGCACCGACGCGAAAAACUCCUCAAAUCAAAAAAGAAACUUCUCAAAUACAAAGGUCGCGGGGCCCACCUCACCUUCGAUUCGGACAGCGACACGCCCCGCGACCGUCAAGCAUAUCGGGACGAAAACACAUUCACGGCCAGUGGGAAGGAAGGUGCUGAAGAGGAGAGGCGCGCAUUUCUGCGAAGAGAAACAGAGCGGGCGAAGGUCAUGGAUGAAGAAGACAAAAUCCUCGCGAAGCAGAAGAGGAAGGAGAAGAAAGAAAGGAGGAAAGAACGUGAACGGGAGAGGCAGCGGUGGGAAGAUGACGAGGAUGGGGACGAUGACGUCGGUGUGCAGCUCGUGCCAUACUCCAUGGACGAGGACGACGCGCGAGACAGGGAGAGAGAAGAACCAGACCGCCAAGGCAAUUCGCGGCCGAAGAAAUGGUUCCAAUACGAUUCAUCCGACAACAACGACGACCGACAAGGACGCCUAAGUAAGAAACAGAAGAAGAAACACCAUGUGGACGAACAAUCGCAGCCGCGGACACUCGAGGAUCUUGAGGCCUUAGCAUCUGGCUUACUCGCGACGGGUUGA